UAGAAAGUAAGGCAUAAAAUAAUUUAUUCAUUAAAUCAAAGGAAAUAAGAAGAUCACUUGGGAAAGUUAUAAUCCAAAAAUAGUAAGUAUUUGAGUUUCAGCAGGAGGAAUGAAAACAGAUUACUUUAAGGAAAUAUUUCAUAAUUAGAAAUAUCCAGGUUUAGAUACUGAAAGUGAGGGCCAGAGAUAGGAAUGGGUUGAAGAUGACUCCAGUCUUUUUUUUUUUGAGACGGAGUCUCACUCUGUUGCCCAGGCUGGAGUGCAGUGACACGAUCUCAGCUGACGGCAACCUCUGCCUCCCGGGUUCAAGCGAUUCCCCCACCUCAGCCUUCAGAGUAGCUGAGAUUACAGGCGCGCGCCACAGGCCCGACUGAUUUUUGUAUUUUUAGUAGAGACGGGGUUUCACCAUCUUGGCCAGGCUGGUCUUGAACUCCUGACCUCAGGUGAUCCGCCCGCCUCGGCCUCCCAAAGUGCUAGGAUUAUAGGCGGGAGCCACCGCACCCGGCCUACAGUACUUCUAACGUAACAUCGCAGAAACACUGGAGGAGAGAAGAGAAUACACUUCCACUCGAAAUUCGCACCCUGGUCCCCUUCACUCGCUGGGUUCACUCGCUGAACUGCCUCGCCCCAGCCCGGGAGGAUGACAUCUAGGCCUGGGCAGAGACUCGAAAGCCUCCUCCUGCCGCUCGGGAUGCUAACAGCAGGGAGAGCUGUGUCUAGUCUUUUUUUUUUUUUUUUCUUUGAGAGGGAGUCUCGCUCUGUCUCCCAGGCUGGAGUGCAGUGGCGCGAUCUCGGCUCACUGCAACCUCCGCCUCCCAGGUUCAAGCAAUUCUCCUGCCUCAGCCUCCCGUGUAGCUGGGACUACAGGUGCCGGCCACCACGCAAGGCUAAUUUUUUUGUAUUUUUAGUAGAGUCGGGGUUUCACCAUAUUGGUCAGGCUGGUCUCGAACUCCCCACCUCAGGUGAUCCGCCCGCCUCAGCCUCCCAAAGUGCUGGGAUUACAGGCGUGAGCCACUGCGUCCGGCUGGUGUCUAGUCUUGCCCGUAGCAGCGUCGCCGACAGCCGCGCCGUGUUGUCAGAACCUCACUAGUUUUCCUCCUGGCAGCCGCUCUUCCCGGAUGCAGCCACCUUCCCUCUUCGGGGAACGUGCCCGCGUGUUCCGGCGCCCGGAAGUGCGUCAUCAGCCGGCGUCAGCGGCCGCACGCCGCGGAGCCGGGGUUCCGAGGCCCCGGGAUUACGGUGUUCGAGCACGCUGGUGGGAAAGGACCCGGGACUUGAACAGUGUUGUGCGGCGCCAUGCAGGUCUCCAGCCUCAAUGAGGUGAAGAUUUACAGCCUCAGCUGCGGCAAGUCCCUUCCUGAGUGGCUUUCUGAUAGGAAGAAGAGAGCGCUACAGAAGAAAGAUGUAGAUGUCCGUAGGAGAAUUGAACUUAUUCAGGACUUUGAAAUGCCUACUGUAUGUACCACUAUUAAGGUGUCAAAAGAUGGACAGUACAUUUUAGCAACUGUAGAGACAGAGUUUCACCAUGUUGGCCAGGCUGGUCUCGAACUCCUUGCCUCAAGUGAUCCGCCCAACUCGCCCUUCCAAAGUGCUGGGAUUAUAGGAACAUAUAAACCUCGGGUUCGAUGUUAUGACACCUAUCAAUUAUCCUUGAAGUUUGAAAGGUGUUUAGAUUCAGAAGUUGUCACCUUUGAAAUUUUGUCUGAUGACUACUCAAAGAUUGUCUUCUUACAUAAUGAUAGAUACAUUGAAUUUCAUUCGCAAUCAGGUUUUUACUACAAAACCAGAAUACCAAAGUUCGGGAGAGAUUUCUCUUACCACUAUCCAUCCUGUGACUUGUACUUUGUUGGUGCAAGUUCUGAAGUUUAUAGGUUAAACUUAGAACAAGGACGAUACCUAAAUCCUCUACAAACUGAUGCUGCGGAGAAUAAUGUUUGUGACAUAAAUUCAGUGCAUGGCUUGUUUGCCACAGGAACCAUAGAGGGUAGAGUGGAGUGCUGGGACCCAAGAACUCGAAACAGAGUUGGCCUGUUAGACUGUGCCUUAAACAGUGUCACAGCAGAUUCAGAGAUAAACAGUUUACCAACAAUCUCGGCUUUGAAAUUUAAUGGUGCCUUGACCAUGGCAGUUGGAACAACCACAGGGCAGGUUUUAUUAUAUGACCUUCGAUCUGAUAAGCCAUUGCUAGUUAAAGAUCACCAGUAUGGGCUGCCCAUUAAGUCCAUUCAUUUCCAGGAUUCAUUAGAUCUGAUUUUGUCUGCUGACUCUCGAAUUGUCAAGAUGUGGAAUAAGAACUCCGGAAAAAUAUUUACUUCCUUGGAGCCAGAGCAUGACCUUAAUGAUGUUUGUCUCUACCCCAACUCAGGCAUGCUUCUGACGGCCAAUGAAACCCCCAAGAUGGGCAUCUAUUACAUUCCAGUUUUGGGUCCUGCUCCUCGGUGGUGUUCCUUCUUAGACAACUUGACCGAAGAAUUAGAAGAGAAUCCAGAAAGCACAGUCUAUGAUGAUUAUAAAUUUGUCACCAAGAAAGACCUUGAAAAUUUAGGGCUCACUCACCUCAUUGGAUCUCCUUUCCUCCGGGCAUAUAUGCAUGGGUUUUUCAUGGAUAUAAGACUCUAUCACAAGGUGAAACUGAUGGUGAAUCCAUUUGCUUAUGAAGAAUAUAGGAAAGAUAAAAUACGACAGAAAAUAGAAGAAACACGUGCACAGAGAGUCCAGUUAAAGAAAUUGCCGAAAGUUAACAAACAGCUGGCACUUAAAUUAAUUGAGGAAGAAGAGGAGAAGCAGAAAUCUACAUGGAAAAAGAAAGUUAAGAGUCUUCCUAAUAUUCUCACCGAUGAUCGAUUUAAAGUUAUGUUUGAGAACCCUGACUUCCAAGUAGAUGAAGAGAGUGAAGAAUUUAGGCUUCUGAAUCCACUUGUUUCAAAAAUUAGUGAAAAAAGGAAGAAGAAACUAAGACUCUUAGAGCAACAAGAACUUCGUGAAAAAAAAGAGGAGGAAGAGCCGGAAGGAAAACCAAGUGAUGCAGAAAGUUCGGAGAGUUCAGAUGAUGAAAAAGCCUGGGUUGAAGAGGUCAGGAAGCAACGCAGACUCCUCCAGCAGGAGGAAAAAGUGAAGCGGCAGGAACGACUCAAGGAGGACCAGCAGACAGUCCUAAAGCCCCAGUUUUAUGAGAUCAAAGCAGGAGAAGAAUUUAGAAGCUUCAAAGAUUCUGCCACAAAGCAGAAACUGAUGAACAAAACCCUUGAAGAUCGUUUGAAAAUUGAAGCAAAAAAUGGGACAUUGAGUGUAUCCGACACCACCGUUGGCAGCAAACAAUUGACAUUUACAUUAAAGAGGUCUGAACAGCAGAAAAAGCAACAGGAGGCUGAGAAACUACAUCGACAAGAAAGGAAAAGACUCCGUCGUUCGGCCGGACACCUGAAGUCAAGACACAAAAGAGGACGGUCGUUUCAUUGAUUUGAGAAGUGAUCCUACCUGUGAUUAGGGAGGGGUACGUCUCCCCCAAACUGAUCAUCGUUAGGGUGUUAAACACAGACAAGGGAACACACGUUUUUAAAGUUCAUGUACAUUCUUGUACACAGAGGUAAAGAUUUGAAAACCUGUGCCUUGUGGAUUGAACUUUGAAGCUGGGCCCCGCCGAUGGCCACCGCAUAGCCCCAAGGGUGUGCUUACAAGUCGUUGCUCCCUGGAAACAUUGUCCUUUCCCCAUGGUUUUAAUCAUGAAAACCAGGUUGGGGUUUUUUUUAAUAUUGUGAAAUGUACACCAUGAAAUGAAAGGUUUAUCCUGUGCUAGAAACCAAGAUUUAUUAUGCUCUAGGAACAUUUUUCUUGCACUGCCUACCGCCAUUCAUGAUUAAACCAUCCAGAAAUACCA